AUGGGCUCGCUCCUUUUCGGAUGGGAUACCCCCCACGAUCCGCCUCGCCCGGGGUCCAGGGUCCCGCAGGGUGCGGCGCCGACCCCGUCGCGCUCGAGCGUCGUCGACGCGCCGCCGCACAGCUGUGCGCGACCGGGCUACGUCAAGUGCGAGGCCGCGAGGAUCGACCGCCUCGCGCGCGGCGAGACGGCGACCGCCGCCGAAACGCGCGCGACGGAGGAUGAGGACGAGGAGACCGCGACGGAGGCGAUGCUGCGAGACGUGCGCCUGGCGGCGUGGCACCGCAUCCUCGGCGACGCGCGGACGCGCGCGGGGGAGGAAGAACCGCGCGCGAGCGCGGAACCCCGCGCGACGUCGACGUCGCCGCCGCGCGUGGACGACGCCGCGCUCGCGGGCGUCGCCGCGGCGACGAACGUCCACGACGGGAACGUUCGCGCGAUGGACGCGCUGACGCUCGUGAACGCGUCGAGCGCGGCGCGCGCGAGCGAGCCGAAGGUGCGCGUGUCGCUCACCGUGGUGGUGGAACGCGCGGCGCCCCGCCGGCGCCGCCGUCGCCGCCGUCGUCGCCGUCUAGCGGCCGGGAGAUCUUCUGGGACGCGCUCGCGAGCCGCAGGGUGCCGCCGCGGCGCGACGAUCGCGAUCAGCCGCGCGAUAUCGCCGCCGCGGUCGCCGCCGCCGCCGCCGCCGCCGCCGCCGCCGCCAAAGUCCUCCGAACGCGUCCAAGUAUCCCUCCAAGUCGUCGACGCGCGCGACUCGAAAGCCUCCGUCGCGGCCCGAGGCGCGUUCGUGCGCGUCGUCAACGAAGUCAUUCGACGCGCGCGCGUCAAGGAGCGCGAGGAGCGCGACGCGACCGACGACGACCGUGCGCACUGGUGGCGGGGGACGCGGAGCGCGCUUCUGAACGCGCCGCCGUCGACGGCGCGCGACGGCGGUCGAGGGCCGGAGCGGUGGGGGGGGGGGGGCGGGUUCACGCCGCAGUUCAUGCAGGACACGACGUUGCGGUGGGACGGGGAGGAGGAGGAGGAGGAGGAGAAACGCGCGGACGCCGCGGCGUGA